AUGGCUUUUCGAGGGAAGUGGAAAAUCCAAUAUCUAGUAGUUCAGCUCCGUCUCACUCAGAAGAUCGGAUCCAGCCAAAGUGUGUCAACCAUUCGUCUCAGCAUUACCUUCUCACCCAGGCAUUCAGAGCAAGCAACCGGAAAUCUACUAAAGAGUAGCAAACCAGUAGCGGUUUCAAGCGGGGAUUCUUAUGCCGGUGAGAAAGAAAGUCAAGAGGAGAGACUAGAAGAAAGCUUGGAGUGGAAGAAAGACGGAAGGCGUGGGGAAAGAAAGAAAAGAAGGAAGGGGAAGGAGAAUGAGAGUUCGAUCCGCAAGCUUCAGUUUUCCAGUUCAGAAUCCGAUGCUGAGAGCAAAUGCAAUGGUUUAAGGGUUGACGCCGUAUCGAUUCGAUCUAAGAUCAUGCAAGAAAAGAAGCUAAGCCUAAACGUCCUUAUGCCACUAGAAGAGAUACAGGAAGGAAUUCUUAAACAUACUACAGGAAAGACAGCUAUCUUCUCCUAG